UCAGCAACUUAUAGCGGGACUGCGGCGGGCAUUCUGAUACUGGGGGGAACUGACUUGGUGUCACUGAUAUCAUCACCAAUACAGUGAUCAGUGCUAAUAAAGAGCACUGACUUUGUACUAAUGGAACUGGGCAGGAAGGGGUUAACAUGUGGGGCGAUCAAAGGGUUAAUUGUGUGCUGUUUUACUAUGUGGGCUGUGUGUGUUUCACUGUAAGCACACUGCUUUUGUACUGUAUGUGUCUUUCACUGUGUCAGCAAUGUGCAGGAGCUGACAGAGGAGAGAUUUGUAUUGUUUACAUACAAGUCUCUCCCCCAUCAGUGAUACUCGGCGAUCGCUGGGUGCCAGCGGGGAAU